AGCAGACAGACACCCUGAGCGCGCGCGUGCGGAGGCAGGAGGAGGAGGAUGACGAUGAUGAAGAUGAACGGGACCGGCUCGUACGGAGCGGGCAGAACCGGGGCAGAAUUCGACCCCAUCAGCUUCGCCAAGAGACCGCAGACCAUCUUACGGCUCCUGGCCUGGAUUUUCUCCAUGGUGGUGUUCGGCUCGAUAGUGAACGAAGGCUACGUGAACAUGGGCAGCGAGCGCCUGCACUGCGUGUUUAACAAAAACGAAGACGCCUGCAACUACGGCAUCAUCAUCGGCGUGCUGGCGUUCCUCGCUAGCCUGUGCUUCCUGGCCCUGGACCUUUACUUCCCUCAGAUCAGCAGUGUGAAGGACAGGAAGAGAGCCGUGCUGCUGGAGAUUGGCUUCUCAGGACUUUGGGCGUUUCUCUGGUUUGUUGGGUUUUGCUUCCUGGCCAAUCAGUGGAGUCGGACCUCGCCGAAAGAACUCCCGCUGGAGCAGGCUUCAGACGCGGCACGAGCCGCCAUCGCAUUCUCCUUCUUCUCCAUUCUCACCUGGGUGGCGCUGACGCUGUUGGCGGUGCAGAAGUUCCUGCUCGGAACUGACAUGACGCUCUUCACCUCCGCCGACGCCCCCAAACAGCCGUAUCCCUCGAACGACGCCAUCCACCAGACCACCAUAGACAAGAGCCCGACGCUGAUCGAGACGGUGGAGACACGCCCACCCGGCUACCAGAUCCCGCCUGCUUUUUAAUCUCUUAACCAAUGAGAGGAGAGGAGGCCCGAGUGGACAGAGCGGCUUCCUCGGUACUGCUUUCAACACACUCUAGUCGACUUCCCCUUCACUGAUACUGAGGGAAUACUCCCAAUACUAGGAGUUAAUACUGCGCUAAUACUCCAUUACUCAAACGAUGUAAUCCGCAACAGGAAGCAUUAGAAUAUUUCUAAAAUAUAAUACGUAAGUGGGUUUGCCCUAGUAAACUAGUUUAACUACUAACUAACAUGCUAGUCAGUUGGCAAACCGGUUAGUUGUAACUUUUAUUUUAAAAUGUACCAAUUAGUUUUGUUACUUACUUUGUUACUUUUGUUCCUUUUAUCAUUUUGUUACUUAGCUAGUUAAUAGGACUUUUUAAAAAAUAGUAAUUUCAUGCUAGGUUACAUCACACAGUAACUUAUACCCCAAACUAGCCAGACAUUAAGCUACUGUGUGUAGCGACUUGCUAGCUAGUUACUGUAGAUAACCAAAUAUAGUAGCAAAGUAAUAUCACAUACUGUAUGUACAGAACUUAAUGAAGCAUCAAACAACCAUCGAGUAGUUAGUAUGCUGAAAAAAAGGAUGCUAGAUUCACAUUGGCUUGUAGUUGAGUAGUUUAGUUUCUUUAUAAUUUCUUACCAGGUAAUUAAUCUACUUAGAAGUUUGAUACUUUACUAAGUUAUCUGUAGAAGUUUGUUUUUAUUGUUAUUUCUGUAGUAAUUUUUGUUCUUUAUUAUGGUAGUUGGGUUAGUCUUUGGUAGUUUAGUGCUUUAUUAAGGUAUACAACCACUACUUUUUGAAUGAAUCUAACUACUUUUAUGUAGUUUAGUGCUUUACUAAGUUAUGUAACUAGCACCUUUUUGAGAUAUCUAACUACUUUCACAUAGUUUAAUGCUUCAUUAAGGUUUGUAAGUAGUACUUUCUUAAUGUGUCUAACUACUUCCAUGUAGUUUAGUACUUUAUUAAGGUAUGUAACUUGCAAUUUUUUAAAGAUAUCUAAAUACUCCAUGGUAGUUUAGUGCUUUAUUAAGGUACAGUAUCCUCCCCCGUCUCGUAGUUUAGUACAGAAUUUUGUUAUCGUACUGUUUACUUUCCUUUAUAAAUUUAUACCUGUACUUUAGUAGUUUGGUAGUUUUAUGCUUUAAGUUAGUUUGUUGUUUUAUGAUCUCCAAGUACUCUAUGGUAGUUUAAUACUUACAAUUAAAUUACCCAACAAUCUUGCUAACUUGGGAAGAAUAAUUAAAUAGUACACGAACAAUGUAGAACAUGUGAAAGCUAGUAAGAAAGCAUACAAACUAGCUAAACUACCAGAGGAUACUUAGAUACCUUAAGAGCUUAUAGUUAGGAUUUA